AUGGCCUCACUGUCGUACAAGGCGGGGGAUGCUAUGAGGGGUAAGUACUAUACCGACGUGGCUGCCAGCCUGGAGGCCGCCAGCAAGCCUACGGAGAUCAAUGUGCGCCAGCAGGUUCAACAGCAGCAUGCCGCUGUCCGCCGCAUUGAGAAGCAGCUUGAGGGGCAGCUCACUCGUUUGCUCAAGUGGAAGCAGGAGACUGCAGAGCUGGAGGAGCAGGUUCGCCAGUCGCGGGACCAGCUCGGCAAGGCCGAUGAGGCGUACAACGCGGCGGUCGAACGGCUUCGUGACAGCAGUGGCGCAGGCGCGACAGGCGCUGGAGAGACCUCGGCUCCGCGCAGCACUCCAGCCAUCCCGCUGCGGGACAUUAUGGAGGGCAAGUUCGAUCCCACGAGCAUUAUUAAGUUUGACAUUAUGGAGGAGUUCGAGAGCAGUGAGUACUAUGUCACAGAUGGAGAUCGCAAGGAAUACCAGACUCGGCUGGAGAAGUUGCAGUCUGGCGUGCAGGACCUCUCCAAGUCAUUGUUCGAUCAGCUCACUUCUACGGCCGCGGAGGUGAUGAUGGUGAAGGACUUCCUGCUCAGGCCGAUGACGAAGCAGGUCGCGGCGCCGCGGCAGGUGGAGGAGAGGCUGCUGAGCUUUCUGAGCCAGGCGCCGCGUCGCAGCCUGCCGCGAGGCCUGCCUCAGCUGCUGCAGCCGCUGACAUUCGAGCUCGGGCUGACCAACAUUUGUCAG